AUGGCACCCGACUUAAACUCUCUCCCUUCGUCACCAAACCUGACGAAGGAACAAGCUCCUUUCAAUGGACAGGGCAAUGGUACUAACGCCUUCUCGAACGGGUCCUUCCCCGGCUCGAGCAAUGGCAAGCAGCCCAACAUCCUGUACAUCAUGGCCGACCAGAUGUCAGCGCCCCAGCUCAAGAUGUACAACCCGGACUCCCAGAUCAAGACCCCAAACCUUGAUGCCCUCGCCGCGAGAUCUGUCCAGUUCGACUCGGCUUACUGCCCAUCUCCGCUCUGCGCGCCUUCGCGCAUGAGUAUGAUCUCGGGUCAGCUGCCCAUGAAGAUUGGGGCUUACGACAACGCAUCUCAGAUCGGCAGCGAUGUCCUCACAUACGCACACUAUCUGCGGCUCCGUGGCUACCACACCGUGCUUGCCGGCAAGAUGCACUUCGUUGGCGACCAAUUGCACGGUUACGAGACCCGGCUCACCAGCGACAUUUACCCGGGCGAUUUUGGCUGGUCCGUUGACUGGGACAACCCCGAGACCAGACUAGAGUGGUAUCACAAUGCCAGCUCCAUCAAGCAGGCAGGAGUGUGCGUCCGCAGCAACCAGCUUGACUAUGACGAGGAGGUCAUGUACAAGUCCACCCAAUUCCUCUACGACCAGGUCCGGAAAUCCGACGAUCGACCUUUCUCUUUGACGGUUUCUCUCACCCACCCUCAUGAUCCCUACACCAUUGAGAAGAAGUACUGGGAACGGUACGAGGGAGUCGAUAUUGACUUGCCAAAGGUCAAGAUACCCAAGGAGGAGCUGGACCCCCACAGCCAGAGGUUGCUGAGAGUGUGUGACCUCUGGGAUGAGAACUUCACAGAUGAGCAGAUCAAGCAGGCCAAGAGGGCAUACUACGGCUCCUGCAGCUACGUCGACGACUGCAUUGGCAAGCUAUUGCAGACGCUCGAGGACUGCGACCUGGCCGAUGAUACCAUCAUCGUUUUCUCUGGUGACCACGGUGACAUGCUCGGCGAGCGUGGUCUGUGGUAUAAGAUGAGCUACUUCGAGGGCUCUGUUCGUGUUCCCAUGCUGGUUUCAUACCCCAAAUGGUUUGCUCCCCACCGUGUCUCUCAGAAUGUCUCCACUCUAGACAUCCUGCCUACCAUGUGCGACCUGGUGGGCACGAAGCCAGAACCAGGUUUCCCCAUGGAUGGCAUAUCCAUGAUGCCACACCUGCUCGGCCAAGAGGGACAUGAUACCGUGUUCGCAGAGUAUACUGGUGAAGGGACUGUUUCGCCGCUCAUGAUGAUCAGGCGCGGCCCGUGGAAGUACAUCAUCUGCCCUGCCGAUGGUGAGCAGCUGUUCAACUUGAAGGACGACCCUUACGAGGUGAACGACUUGGUGAAGAGCCUCUCGAAGAAAUCGGCGAACCUGAGCGCCGAGGAACUCAAGAUCAAGGAGGUGUUUGAGGCGUUUGGAGCUGAGGCGAGGGCAAAGUGGGAUUUCGAGAAGAUUACCAACGAAGUCCUCCUGAGUCAGAGGCAGAGAAAGUUUGUGUGGAAAGCACUCAAGCUUGGCCAGUUCACGAGCUGGGACCACAACCCCAACGAUGAUGGGCGAAACAAGUAUAUUCGCUCGCACAUGGAUCUGGACGACCUUGAGCGGAUGGCUCGCUUCCCUCCUGUGGACCCUAACGGAAUCCCGACCAAGAAGCUGCUCUCCCACCAAGCUGGAGCCGCUGGAGAAUAG